AUGGCAGGGGAUCACGCUGGAGACCAGUCGUUCUAUGACUUUCUCAUAGAAGAGCCAGAGAUGAUAGCGCCGGCGCCACCCGGCCAAUUCCCGCAUCAACAGCCCAUUUCAUCGCCGAAUCGUACCAGUCGCAACACGCCGCUGCGGCCAGAAUCGACCGAAAUCGAGACCCACCACCAUGCGAAUCACCCGCCAGCUUUGCCGGUACUCGGAAUGCAACUGCCGGUUCCAGGGACGGUACCUGAGUCAUCACGUGCCCAGUCACGAGCUUCCCUCAACCUCGACAUCGACCUCGACUUAGACGCGCCAUCUCACCCAUCACAUCUCUCGCAUGGAGCUCCCCAUGAGCAAGAGCACGCCCACGAAAUUCAGAGGCACAGAGCUCAUUCAGCACAGAGUUCAGCGGGUUUGCCACCCACUGGGUUUGCAAGUCAUCUCCCUCCUGCAUCAUCAGGUCCCAUGUCGUUGGGUUGGAACAUGUACCAUGUCCCUCCAAAUCUUCACCUAAACGCAAAUCAGUUUAAUUUCGAGGUUCCAGGUCAUAUGAAUGUAUCUGGGCACCCAACCCAUAUGGAACAUUCAUCCACAAAUCCAAACUCGUUCCACUACGAACACAACAUUGUUUCCCCGUCAAGCAUACAUCCAAGCACUACCCACUUUGACGGAGAAGUCCCAAGCCAAUGGGAUAACUCCCUAGGUCAUGGCGCGAGCACUCCAAAAGUGCGGACUCCCUCGCAUCAUGUCUCGAGCAAUCCUUGGGCUGAGAUAAACGAGCCCACAGGCGGCGACAACGACAAUUUGGCCCCUGUUACCCGGCCACGAAAGCCCGCUCGAGCAAGACGGCAAAAGAAAGAGCCUCGCAAGCUCUCAGAUGCUUCUCAGGGAGCAAGGAGCAGCAGUACAGGUGGCACCGCUCAUUCUGUUUCUGAUGCUGCAAGUCCAAGUUCUACAUCCCAACAGAGCCGUGCCAGUCUCACUUCCAAAUCCGCCUCAAUGACGUCCGCAAUCUCGACAGCUUCGAGCCGAAAAAGCAAGCUCCGAAGCGCCUCUAGAACUUCCAAGAAUAUUCUAGAUAAACCAAACGACACAGCCGAAGACCGUCGAACCCGAGCAUCGCAUAAUCUUGUUGAAAAACAAUAUCGAAACCGACUCAACGCCCAAUUUGAAUCGCUCCUACAUGUACUACCUGAACAAAUACGACACGGUGAUAAUGGAGGUGGCAAUGGGAACGUGGACAACGAAUCCGAACAGGCGAACGAUCUUGACCGACGAGUCAGUAAGGGCGAGGUGCUUGAAAUGGCUCGCAGGCAUAUCGAAGCACUGGAGCGUAAACGGACUGCUCGUGGCGACAUGCUCUCGAAUGUGGGCUUACGUUCCUGUUCCUAA